GCUGCUACUCAUGCACGUCCGUCGUUCUACGUCACUUCAAGGGUCGAUCUCUUGAACUUCGCUACGCAGCCACAUUUUUAUUGGAACCGCGAGAAGCAGGAAUCGUGAGAACGACUGCGAGACCGCACCGCAUCGCAUCCUCCACACACCUGCGCACCUGCUCCCGCCCAUUCGCCCACGCACCGACACGUACGUCAAGUCGAACCGCUCGAGCUCGCCAGCCGAACGACGCGCGCGCACAGCCUGACGACCGUCGCGCAAGGCUCGAGGGCGCCACCACUUCACGAGCAUAUCACCGUCCGUCCGCGCCACCUGUGAUUCCUGCUAACUAGCCUUCAUAUGCUUCCAGCGCCGCCGCGACAGCGUCCGUGACAACACAUAACAUGACCACGACACUGCCUGCCCUCGACUGCGACUGCGACCACCACUUCCGCCCUGCGCGUCGAUAGUGACACAUUUUCCCACCCGCCGCCGCCUGGGCCUCCGCCUUAGCGCAUGUCCUCCAACAUGGGCGACUCACGCUCUUCACCCUCGCCCGUGCGGCCACCCGCCAAGGCAGUCGUCCACGAAACUUCACCACCGUCCACACAGCCCGGCCAGCGCCCAUCCGUGGCUCGGUCCCAAGCCUCCUCAGACCGGCCGUCGUUGCAGCCAACGUGCUCCUCACCCGUCGGAUCCGAAGACUCCAUUCCCAAGGCUACCACUUCCUCACGGCCACGCGCGGGGUCUCGUUCGGAGCGACCUCCGCCCAUUCUGCACCAGCAGCAGCAACAGCAGCCCGUCAAAGAUGCCGUCAAUGCCGCCUUUGACAACACUGCUUCCAGUAGCCAGCUGGCUCCCGAGGUUGAGAAGAGACUAAUUGAACAGGUGACUGAGCAAGUUAUCAAGAACCUUCAUUUGGCCAAUUUGUCUGCGGGUCCGGCGUCAACUUUCCCACCGCAUUCACAACGCCCUCCCUCGGCACCGCGUUCGGUCUCCAAUGCCUCCCGAUCAUCACCGCAACGUUCUCCUGCAUUGAGCUCGACUGCCGAAUCCUUCCCGCCUCAUUUCACUCCUCCUUCUCCCGCCUUGGACAGAGACAUUUUCUACCGCUCCAGUAAAGGGUCAUCGCCAGAACGUGCGGCAGAGCCCGCUGAAGGCGCCGACAACCCCACACACCGGAGCCAUGAAAGUAUCCGGAGUCGAGGCAGCACUCAGGCCAACCAGGAAAAGGAGUCCACUCCGCGAGGGUCGCAACCAGAUAUCAGCAUUACGGGGCUGAAGCGUAGUCAGACGGCAACCUUGGCUCAAGAUCUGAGUGCCAGCGAUGUGCUGCCAAACCGGACUAGAGGAUCCUCUGAGGCCGCUGCACGUGCAGUACGACAGGAAGGUAAUCGCGCUUCGUUCGACUCUGCAGCACCAAACAAGGACCGCUCUGCCAAACUGGACGGAGCUUCUAGUGACACAGAGGAACCGACCACGCUGGAGCAGUAUUGGCGGCCACUGUUCGACAACGGAAGUCCUACUCCACGGCUCGGCCAACUUUUGCGAGGACUGGCCCGGCAUCUCGUUGAUGACGAUGAGCCCAAGGGAAGUCUGGUGAUUGGCCCUAAGAAGAUGCUUCGCUUCCUGGAUGAGACCAAAGUCGAGAAGGAGAACUACCCUUGGACGACCAUAUUUGGUGGCAAAAUGUCUCAUGAGUCAAUUUCCCUCAUGUAUCGGAAGCUGCUGUGCCAGCAUCAUUUUAUCCAGCCCCAACAGCAUGCUCAGGAUGCUCCCACCGUGCCGGCUCUGACUCCGCAUGGCUUUGCUUCGUUCAUGACCUGCCUCAUUCAGGCACAUCCAGAUACCGAAUACGCGAGAUUGUCCUUGGCCGUCAGGGACAUGCCCAUUUCCAAUGCCGACGACGUCAAAGAGCGCUUUCCGAAGGAGCUGCCGAGGCGAUUGCUGCCACCAAAGCCGAAUGUGCAGGCUGAGCAAAGACUGAUUGCUAGUCUCAAUCAUGAGCCAGAUUUGGUGCCUCUUGAGAGAGUCAUCAACGCAAUGCCACCUCCACCGCCCUCGGCUCCACCUUCGGCCUCUCCCCAACAGCAGGCAUUCCCCGAACGCGAAAGAGCGCCCUACAGCAAAUCUGCAUCUCAAUCUAAUGCCGUGGACGACGAUGACUUAUCUGCAGUAUCACCACCCGCCGUAUCAAUAGAACGCGAGAGAAAACCGUACUCUGCGAAGGAAGGUACAGGAAAGCAGUACGAAGCGGAUCAUCGCGAGAGGGAGAGACUGCGAGAUCGAGAUGGAGAACGCGAACGCGAACGAGAGAAGGAACUGCGCGAAAGGGAUCGUGAGCGAGAGAGGGAGCGGGAGAGGGAACGUGAACGCGAUCGGGAGCGAGAUCGAGACCGAGACCGCUCUCAUCGACAGUCGAGCAGAGCCAACACGUCCCAACAACGACCGGACUUCGUGCCUCCACGACCGACACGGCAAGAUUCUAGCCACUUCCCAGCGACGGACCCGCUGGACAUACCACCACCGAGCAGGAGCCAAAGAUCCUCAGGUCCACCACCUCUUGCCCCCAACGGUGGUCCGUACUCCAAGAGUGGCCGCAGAUCACCGCCUCUCAGGGGACCCUUCCGGAGCGAGCCUCUCGAUAUCAACCAGAUUCCCCCAUCUCAAUUUGCAUCCAACCUUCACGGCCCACCGCCUCGCGAGCGAUUUCCCGGCCCCCAGCCAGGCCAGAACAUGUACGACCAGGUGCAAUAUGGGUCUGGCAGCAUUCCAAACAACUUUAAUCGCAACUCGAUGCCAGGCAUGCCCGAAGAAAGAAGACGUAGCUGGUAUCCUGGCGCAUCGGCCGCGCCAGGUGGUACAGAUGGUUAUGGUAGUUAUGCCAACAAUCCGAACCAGUUUGGGCCGCCACCCACGCACUAGGAGCGCAAGGGUAAGGGCAAAAGCAGCUCUGGCAGCCCAACUUUUACCGGUGGCAGCACCAGCAGCCCCAGCCAUUCCAUACUGAAGAACCCGGGACCAUCUCCGAUGCGCCGCGAGAGCAAUCGUGAGGAACAACGCGAAAGCUUCGACAGCGAAUCUUCGACUGAACAAGCCCGACGGCAACUCCGCAGCCGAUCCCGGACACGACUCCAAUCCUAUGGAGACGGAGAGUAAACAUUAUCAAUACAACAAAAGACACCACGACACGAUAGCAUUGCGAUGGCGUUCCACACGAAGUUAUGACUUGUGGACUUCUUGUACCAAUACCUCACGAUUAGAGGAGAUUCUUUACUUAACGAUGCGAUGAGCGAUACGACAACGACCUGAUUACAUUAGUUUGGUCCAUUCUUCGAUACCCAGGCAUUGUUGUUUCUAUUCGCUGUUUCAUGGACGCGUGUGUUUGCGGUGGAAAGUAUUGAUAUGCGAGGGCCCUGACAUGUCAGACUCGAGGAUGAUGAGACGCUAAUCUUGUUCUUGUACGUAUAUAGCAUUGUUAUGAAUCAAAGCGGAUGAGG